UUUUGUUUCCUUUUUUUAAAUAGGGUUACACUUCAUUUUGGAAUGACUGUAUAUCAUCUGGAUUACGUGGCUGUAUGUUAAUUGAAUUAGCAUUAAGAGGAAGGUUACAACUAGAGGCUUGUGGAAUGAGACGUAAAAGUCUAUUAACGAGAAAGGUGAUCUGUAAGUCUGAUGCCCCAACAGGGGAUGUUCUUCUUGAUGAAGCUCUAAAGCAUGUUAAGGAGACUCAGCCUGCAGAAACAGUCCAGAACUGGAUCGAAUUACUUAGUGGUGAAACAUGGAAUCCAUUAAAACUGCAUUAUCAAUUAAGGAAUGUACGGGAACGAUUAGCUAAAAACCUGGUAGAAAAGGGCGUAUUGACAACAGAGAAACAGAACUUCCUACUUUUUGACAUGACCACACAUCCCCUCACCAACAACAACAUUAAGCAGCGCCUCAUCAAGAAGGUACAGGAAGCUGUUCUUGACAAAUGGGUGAAUGACCCUCACCGCAUGGACAAGCGCCUGCUGGCCCUCAUUUACCUCGCCCACGCCUCGGAUGUUCUGGAGAAUGCCUUCGCUCCCCUGCUGGAUGAGCAGUAUGAUUUAGCCACCAAGAGGGUGCGGCAGCUCCUCGACCUGGAUCCUGAGGUGGAAUGUGUGAAGGCCAACGCCAACGAGGUUCUGUGGGCGGUGGUGGCGGCCUUCACCAAGUAACUGCCCAGGGGGAAGCCUCCUCCUCCCUCUCAAGUAAACCAGUAGUUUUCUGCUAUUGACUUCUGGUUUUCUGCAAUUUAUACUUUCCCACACUAUAAUUGGCUUUUGUUUUAUGAAAUGGUAGGUGGCUUUUUUUUUUUUUUUUUAAUAUGUAUGCAGGAUUCUGCUGGUACGAGAGGCCUUCCUCUUUCUGUUUUAAAAAGUUUUACUGCCA